CACCGAUCUUCCGACCGUCCCGCAUCGCAACAGCGUAACAGCUACUGACGCGGGCCUUGCGCUCUUCUAUUACCUUCCCCAUGUAUUCCAUGAACCAAAACUUCAGUGGGCCUGUCGAUCCCAGCGCGCUGGUCCCAGAUCAGAUCCUUCGACAUGUCCAUCUUAUCUCCUCGUUUCAGUUCCCCAAGGUCGCUGCUCUUCUGCCCGCGCAAGCUCUCGAGCAUCUGCUCAGAGCCCCAACCAUCGUCAAGAGUGCACAACCUGUAGCAUGGACAUAUCUCUCCACGCCGCCUCCCGAUGGCUCCAUGUUUCUGGCGUGGCAGUCACCGCGGAUGGGAACAAACUUCGCGUCUGAUGGACUUGUAUGGGCAGAUGCGGAGAUGUCAUUUGAGGUUUCAGUGCGCGGUUAUACGGUCCAAUGCUUUGCUCACAAAGCCGGAUUCCUGCCCCCUGCCGAGCCGAUUACAGCGCAUGCGCGAUAUCGCUAUAGGAUUCUCCAUGGACCCGGCGAUAUCGAUCCUCAGCUUUACAUUGUCCACUAUGCCCAAGCCGAACCGUCCUACAGACUCCCCACCUCCCAAUUUCCGCUUUCACCGGCCGUUCAUCAGCAAUUGCAGCAGCGUGCUCAGCUGGAAGCGGCAGGCCAACUGAUGCGGAAAGACUUCAUGCUGGCGGACCGGGCCAAUUGGCCAAAGGUUGAAUUCGUGCGCCCACCAGCCCAGCAACCGCCGUACUAUAAUCCGAUGCAGCCAGGCCGAAUGUACAAUCAGCCCCCUCCGAAUAAGCGACAGCGACAGACCUUGGCCCAGCAACGGCAGGCAGGUCCUACCGCAAUGAUGCCGGAGCAUAUCCUGGAAGAGGAAGAGAACUCAACUCAGGAUGCUUUCGAUUUCAUCACGCCUCGAGAGAUCAGUCAAUCCAGAUACAAGCAACACCACGAGUGGAUGGAGGAGAUUUUCUCGUCCCCUUACGCUGCUGGCCAGAUCUUGCCCAUCGACCUUGGACUGGGCUUGAUGGGCGAGCUUGCGCCGCUCACGGCGGAUAUCCUGGACGCACCGACAGGAGCGAUUCCCACACGAGACCGCCAGGACGCGAAAGGGAAAUACGAAGUCAAGAGCUAUUCCAAACUCACGCCUGAACAGCUAAAGGAGUUCGAAGACCGUGUUUCAGCAUACACGGCCAAAGCGGAGGCUGAGCUGGAGAAGAUGAAAGCCGCCCAUGCUAAAAAGAUGGCGGGUUUGAAGCGGUCGCGUACCUAUGUCAAGGCGGAGCGACGGAUACGGGAUGCGGCCAAACUUGCGAGCGAAUCCACAGACAGUGAGACACCGGAUCUGAUUAAUAAUAUCGUGAAGGAUGUGGAAGCCGCUGUGGGAGUCGAAUUCGAGACGAAGAAGCAAGUCGUCUGCGUAGACAAGGGCGGGUUCAUUGAAAAGCAACAAUCACUGGCGCAAAGGAAUCAGCAACUCAACGGCAGUGGCUCAACACCGUCGCAGGCUGAUGCCGGGUCAACUAUGAUGGAGACCAUGGACGCUGACAACAGUGCCGCAAGCCUCCUGGAUCAGUAUGGCUCGACUUCUCUAGCGAACACACCGGGUGCAACCAGUCUAUCCGUCCCGCCCAUCUCCCAGCCUCAAAGCCAGCUCCAAUCAGCCGUAGCUACCCCGAACGCCUCAGUCCCCGAACCCAAGCAAGGCGCGGAAGGCGCUGACCACGGCACCGCCGACAUGCCCGGCGGCAGCGCAGACGAUCUGUUAAACCUGGAUGUCGAAAUGUCCGGCAUCACCAACGCGGACGAAAAGGCGGGGGAGAACGACUGGGUCAUGGUCGACCAGAACGCCACCGCCCAGCAAUCAACAACCAAUUCCGAUGCCAAUCCCGCAACAGGCACCCAUCCCGCGCCCACAGGACCUCUGGCCACAUCAACAGCAACAGCAGAAGCAGCAACAACAGCAGCAGGAGGAGGAGGAGCAGCAGAAACCGGAGAGGCGUCCGCAACAGCAAUGUUCGACUCGACCGACUUUGGCAGCUUCGAUAACCUCGUCGAGGACUCGGCCGGCGACGCACUGGCACAGUAUACCAACGUCGACGACGAUACUAUGGGCCUGGAUCUGGUCGACGAUUCGGCGUUUGGCGAUGCGUUUCAUGGGACCGAGACGCAGCAUCAUGAGGAGCAGCAGAGUGCAGAGCAUGCAGACCAAGGGAAUACUGCUUAGGAGGAGUUUUUCUGGUUUCAUAAUGGUGGGUAGGGCGGGGGUUGGUUCAGGGGCCUGCCUUCGGAUACGGAGUAUGGGGUUGUAGGGGUUGAAAGGGUCAUAAAUGCCGGAACGGAGGAGGAUGGGCCCUGGGGGAUUAAAGCUAGGGAAAGUUGGGGAGGGAUUGUGGUUUGUAUUAUUGGUAUGCUGGAAGGGAUCAAUAUACUUUCACUGCUUGGGAUUCCAAAAUGCUGGAUCCUAGACUCCAUUCUUCUUACGUUUAUUUAAAAGGACGUGUUAUAUCUUCGCCGGUGCUCCGAUGCGGAGGUGCGAAGCUGCCAGACAUCCUAAUGACUGGACUAUCCCGACCCAAAAGCUUCUUAGCGGCGCCUUCAAU